UUCAGUUUUAACCCUUACCAAAUUAGACGCUAGGGAUGAAAUAUCGGAUGCAAUAUCGGAUCUGUUUGUCUAACCAUUCGUCUCCUAUGGUCUGAUGCUCGACGAUUAAGAUGAAGAAGACGCGGCAGCAGGCUGACUACUUGGACGAAGACGCCGCCGCCGCCACUCCCAUCCGUUUGCCUAAGCGUCGUUGCUGCUUUUGACGAUUUCGUCGAAGAGGACGUUGCUGCAGACCGGCGAUUUGGACGAAGACGGCACCCCUGCUGCUUUCGGCGACUUCGACGAAUACUCUGCCGCAGCAGACUGACGACAUGAACGAAGACGAUGCCCUUGCUGCCACCGAUGACUUCGACGAAGACGCAUCAGCAACAGAACGACGACUUGGACGAAGACGAUGCCUGUGCUGCUCCAGGUGACUUCGACGACAUUCAGUUAUCUUCCUGGUACAGUUGAGUUGGGAAGUAGUGCUGAAGAUUUUCUGCAUGCAACUGAGGUCAACGAAAUGAAGAGUGUGAACACACCAUUGGCCAGCACAACAAUAUUGCCAUCUCCAGUCUUGCUUUGGAGAUUUAAGGUAGUUCUUUUUCUCAUGUGGGGGUUCGCUUGUUGUAAGAUUAGCCGGGAUUCAGUUAGGAGAAUGAGUGCAAACUUGAGGGAUUUGUUUUUAUAUGAGGCUUUUCUGUAUUACAAUCAUCUACUCCUUGUGACUAUGAUGGUUUGGUUUUGGGGUGUGAACUUAUAGGUCUUUAUGCAGUCUAGUGUUAACUAUGCUUAGAUUUUUGACCUCGACCAGAAUCAUCUCACUCACAGAGAAAUUUGGAGGGGAGGUACUGUGGAUCUAUUUGUUGUGAACACUUUCAGAUCUGCUUUCCAGUUUUUAUAAGCCUUCUCCUACCUUUUCUAUCGAAGCUAUGGGGCAUCCAAUUUCUUCAAUUGCCAGCAUAUAUAAAAGAUGGAGCAGCCUGCUUUUUGAACCUCGGAACCAUACAGGGUUUUUAACGUUCAAGAUUCAUCACUGAGCAAGAAAUCCAUGAGGCACAGAAGCAUUGGGCAUCAUUUUGCUGCGAUGCUACGAAGAUUUGAUAUAAGUUUUAUACCAUAUAGUGUUAAUUUAGUUGUAUGUCUUGUGAACUCAUAGCUAGUCUUUUGUUGAGCGUUGUGAACUCAUUGUUAGUUUUGCUGAGUGAUGUGAGCUCAUAGAUAGUUUUUUAUGAAUAUUUUUGGAUUUACUCAAUAUUGAUGUAAAUUGUGGAUUAUUGUCGUUAGUUAUGAUUAAUGAAAUUUGUUUG